AUAACUGCCAGUGUUCAGGACCAUCAUCGCCUAUAGCAUCAACCUCACGAAAAUCUUAACCAAUGGCGUUCCGGAGGGCAGUAAAGGGGACCCUCAUUGGGGGUGGGGCCAUAGCUGCGGCCUAUGGCGUUUCACAAGUCUUUGAAUACCGGAAACACCAGGCGCGGCUGGCGUACGUGGAGGCGGAGGGGCAGAUGAACGCGCCGUUUAUGGACGCUCUCCCGUCCCGUCGGGAACAGCUAUCAACUCUUCGCGACACAGAGGAGUUCGACGUUCUCGUGGUGGGGGGAGGGGCCACGGGCUCAGGAUGUGCCUUAGACGCAGUUACGCGGAAUCUGAAGACCGCCUUGGUGGAGAGGAGCGAUUUUUCAUCCGGCACCAGCAGCAGAAGCACCAAGCUCAUCCACGGAGGAGUCCGCUAUCUGCAGAAAGCCAUCAUGAAUUUAGAUUAUGAGCAGUACAUGAUGGUGAAAGAGGCCCUCCACGAGCGCUCCAACCUGCUUGAUAUCGCCCCUCACCUGUCUGCCCCACUACCCAUCAUGCUUCCUGUUUACAAAUGGUGGCAGCUUCCGUAUUACUGGGCUGGGAUUAAGAUGUAUGAUCUGGUGGCGGGAUCACAGUGUCUGAAAAGCAGCUAUGUCCUCAGCAAAACCAAAGCCCUGGAGUUAUUCCCCAUGCUCAAGAAAGACAAACUGGUCGGCGCCAUCGUCUACUACGAUGGUCAGCACAAUGAUGCCCGCAUGAACCUGGCCAUCGCCCUCACCGCUGCCCGUUACGGAGCUGCUGUCGCUAACUACACCGAGGUGGUCCACCUCCUGAAGAAACCAGACCCCCAGACUGGCCAAGAGAAAAUCUGUGGAGCUCGGUGCAGAGACGUCCUCACGGGACAAGAGUUUGACGUUCGUGCCAAAUGUGUCAUCAACGCCACGGGGCCUUUCACUGACUCCCUUCGCAAAAUGGACCAGCAGAAGACGGCAAACAUCUGUCAGCCCAGCGCGGGCGUCCACAUCGUCAUCCCCGGAUACUACAGUCCUGACAACAUGGGGCUCUUGGACCCAGCCACCAGCGACGGGCGUGUCAUCUUUUUCUUGCCCUGGGAGAAGAUGACCAUCGCCGGGACGACGGACACGCCCACCAAUGUUACCGCCCACCCCAUCCCCAUGGAGGAAGACAUCAACUUCAUCCUGAGCGAAGUUCGCAAUUACCUCAGCCCGGACGUGGAAGUGCGAAGAGGAGACGUCCUGGCAGCCUGGAGUGGCAUUCGUCCUCUGGUAACUGACCCAAACUCCAAAGACACGCAGUCCAUCUGCCGUAACCACAUCGUCAACGUCAGCGACAGCGGACUGGUCACCAUCGCAGGGGGAAAAUGGACCACGUACCGCUCCAUGGCUGAGGAGACUCUCGACGCCGCGGUCAAAGCCCACAACCUGAAGGCCGGGCCCAGCAGAACCGUCGGGCUGAUGUUAGAGGGCGGCAAAGACUGGACGCCCACCCUGUAUAUCCGACUGGUCCAAGACUACGGGCUGGAGAACGAGGUGGCUCAACAUCUGGCGGCGACGUACGGAGGGAGGGCGUUCGAGGUGGCAAAAAUGGCCCAGGUGACCGGGAAGAGGUGGCCCAUCGUGGGGAAACGGCUCGUGUCCGAAUUCCCCUACAUCGAGAGCGAGGUGGCUUAUGCAAUUAAGGAGUACGCCUGCACCGCUAUCGAUGUGAUCGCGCGACGCACAAGGCUCGGCUUCCUGAACGUGCAGGCCGCUGACGAAGCACUGCCGCGCAUUGUGGAGAUCAUGGGGAAACAGCUGGACUGGUCCGAAGACAAGAAAAAGGAGGAGCUGGAGGAGGCGAAGAGAUUCUUGCAUCAGGAGAUGGGCUACAGGGCUCGUUCUGAACAGCUGACAAAGAUGUCUGAGAUCUCUCUCACUCAGCAGGAGAUCAACAGAUACAAGAAGCGGUUUUACAAAUUUGACAAAGAGAGCAAAGGUUUCAUCACCACGGUAGACGUGCAGCGGGUCCUGGAGAGACUCAGCAUUCAGAUCGACGAAAACGCCCUCCACGAGAUUCUCAACGAGGUGGACCUCAACAAAAACGGGCAGGUGGAACUCGACGAGUUCUUGCUGCUCAUGAGCGCCGUUCAGAAGGGUCAGGUGUCAGACAGCCGUCUGGCCAUCCUCAUGAAGGCCGCCGAGGAGGGACUGGACCAGAGGGGACCGGUCUCGGUGGACCGCAGCGGCGGAGGCGUCUGA